AUGCAAAAUGUUUACAUUGUUAAUGAUUAUGCAAUUAUUGAACUCGAAGAGGAUGUUCCUGCUGAUAUAGCUAAUCAUAUUUGUUUAUUAAAUCUACACGAGAAUACAAAAAAUAUAGAUUGGCAAGCAAAUGCUUAUCCAGUGCUUGCUUAUGGAUGGGGACCUGAUCCUGGCACACAAGAAUGUCAUGGAAAAAAUAAAAGAGGAGGAUGUUUACUGUACGCACAUUCUCAAUUACACUUACUUAAAUUACCUGGAAUUUGGACAGAUCAGCAAUGCUUAAAUCAAGUGUCGAAAUUUGGAAAUUACUUAGAUAUGACUAGAAUUUAUGAUCUAAUUUGUACUAUGGAGACUUUCACAGAAGGAUUUUGCAAUGGAGAUAGUGGAGGAGGUGUUAUUGCACAAUUUGCGGAUGAUAGCUAUGGUAGAACAAAACGUUGGUUCAUCGUUGGUAUUAUUUCAUUCGGUACUGGGUGCAUCAGUCUUUUUAGAGGGAGCCCGCCAAAAGCACAGGCUCAUGUAAGUGUCCCCUAUCAUAGUGAAGAAAUUACUGAAUGGUUAAAUGGAAAUUUAUUCCCUCAAAGUGAACAAUUGAGCUUUGAUGAGGUAUUAAACUGUGAUUACAAAUUCCCUAUCUUUUAA